AUGAUCAGAAGUUUUAGCGGUAAGAGAUUUCUGAAUGUUGGGAAUGCGCACUUUGGAAGAUCUUUUAAAUAUGAGAAGCCAGAUACCCAAAGGCCGAUUGACAAAGCAAAAUACGAAGCUGACAAAGCCCGUUUUCAAACUAAAAUGCCCGGCGCCAUGCCGAAACGUUUUCUGAGGAAGAUUCAUCAAGUGCGCGCUGAUCAAAGUUCCUGGGACCGAAUGGACACCGACGAAAAACGCGCUCACAUCGAGCGAGAAAAGGACCCCUUCCAGCCUGUAGUUUCCAACUUUGACGCGUACAAGAAGCAAAUACGCUCGUCCCUGCGCCGCCCUCUUGAAGUUGUUUCAAUUCCUGGGACGGACUCGGCUCCGCUGAUCACUUGCUCCGGAACUGGCAACGCGAGCAACUUCAAUCUCCAGAGCAACGAACGGUACCAGACAUUCACGAAGAUCCGUCUCUUUUCUGACACUUUCUCGUCCUCAGUUACUGACUCGACAAAGACUCGUCGUCCUGAGAUCAACUUCAACGCUGUAGAAUCAAAUCGUUCGCUUUCUUCCAGCUCUUUUGCUUCGACAGAACUAUCAGAUGACCUCAAGAAUAGCUUGGCCAAUCUGAACUUUGUAAAAAUGUCCAAUAUACAAAAAGAGGUCCUCGAAACAUUCUUCAAUUUCCCGGAAGCAGACAUUGUUGGCAUAUCGGAAACCGGAAGUGGGAAGACAUUGGCCUAUAUCUUGCCAGUCCUUCACAGCUGGUUGGAAAAAGGGUCGACUGCGCUGAUUAUCACGACGCAAAAUCAUUUGGCACUGCAGAUUCGCGAAUUGGCAGAAGAACUCAUUCAACAGCUAGGCAUUGAUCCUUCCGAAGUUGUCUCUCUCACAGAAGUCGUGCCUAUUAUGAUCAGAACUUUGCACUCGAUCGACGCUGGAACAAUACGUCGCGACUUGUUGGUUUUCGACGAGGCGGACGAAGUGUUCUCAAGUCAGAACUUUGCAAAGUCGUCGCAGCUCCUCUCUCUUGAAGGACAAAAAAUACUCCUCGCGCCAUUUCACUUCUCGGAAACGCAGUGGCCCUUGGUGCGAGAGUCACUUGGAAACAGGAUCAACCUGGAGACAGACCUAGCAAAUCGAAUCCCUCUUCAUAUUCCACAAAAAUUCCGCCGUCUCAAGCCAGAAGAACGCUCUUUGGACAUCAUCAAACGCCUCAAGAGCGGAAAACGAACGAUCAUCUACGUUAAUCGAUACAAAGAAGCGGUUUUUGUCGAGAGGCUGCUGAAGAUGUACGAAGAUGAUGGAUUUCAAACGAUUCGAAAGGGGAUGAACUCGCGUGAAGUUAGAAUGGCUAUCGAUGAUUUUGAAAGCGGGAAGAUAUCUGUUUUGAUUGGAACGGACAAAAUCAGCCGCGGAAUUGACUUCUCUGCUUUAGAACAGAUCAUCAACUUCUGCCCACCCUAUUCCGCCGCUGACUACUUGAACAGAAUCGGUCGCACAGGAAGAUUGGGCCAGUCGUUUGUCUCCAGUGUUAUUACAUACGCUGUAGAUUCGAAAGAGCGAGAAAAUUUACAAAGAGUGAAACUCAUUGAAGAAGCUGUCAGAAGACAUUCGAAGAUUUCGGAACUUGAUCCAAAUUUUAAUUUUGACCAGCAUGCGAAAAUUGUGCAAGAAAGAAAAUACACUGCUAAAAGUUGA